GCCUGGUCCCCGAGAUGCGAGCGCCGACAGCAGCACGGCCACAGCUCCCGGCCAGGGCGGCUCCCCGCGUGGUACCGCUGGAGCCUCCGAGCCCCGCCGGCCCCGGGCCCAGAGAUGAUGAUCCCACCGGGGGAGUGCACCUACGCGGGCAAGAAGAGGAGGAAGCCGGUUCAGAAGCAGAGGCCUGCCCUGGGGGCCGAGAAGUCAAACCCUUCCAAGAGGCACCGGGACCGCCUGAAUGCAGAGCUGGACCACCUGGCCAGCCUGCUGCCCUUUCCCCCCGACAUCAUCGCCAAGCUGGAUAAGCUCUCUGUCCUGCGCCUCAGUGUGAGCUACCUGAGGGUGAAGAGCUUCUUCCAAGCCGUGCAGGAGACACACGUGCAGUCGGCCGGGGCCUCCUCACCUGGAGACGGUCCACACAGAGGGUCCCCCGUGCAGGAGGGACGGCUGCUGUUGGAGUCUCUCAAUGGCUUUGCCCUGGUUGUGAGUGCCGAUGGGAUGAUCUUCUACGCCUCGCCCACCAUUGUGGACUAUCUGGGCUUCCACCAGACGGAUGUGAUGCACCAAAACAUUUAUGACUACAUCCAUGUAGAGGACCGCCAGGACUUCUGCCGGCAGCUGCACUGGGCCAUGGACCCCCCCCAGGGGCUCGGCCAGCCCCCGCGCCCAGACACAGGAGAUGACAGUGUGCUGCGGAGGCUGCUCAGGGCCCAGGAAGGAGGCUCUGGCUCUCCCACCGAGUACUCAGCCUUCCUGACCCGGUGCUUCGUCUGCCGCGUGCGCUGCCUGCUGGAUAGCACCUCUGGCUUUCUGAUGAUGCAGUUUCAAGGGAAACUAAAAUUCUUGCUGGGACAGAAGAAGAAGGCACCAUCAGGAAGCAUCCUGCCCCCGCGGCUCUCCCUGUUCUGCACCGUGGCACCAGUCCUCCUGCCAGCCUUGGCAGAGGUGAAAAUGAAGGGUGCAUUUCUGAGGGCCAAGCACAGGGUGGACACCAUGGCCACAGUGGACCCCAGGGCCCAGGCCACCACAGCUCUGUGUGGACCAGACCCACGGGCAAAGCCCAGCUUCACUGCAGGAAGCAGCACUGGUGAAACCUGCGCUCCCCUGCUCAGGUCACAGAUGGACACUGGCCACUGGACGCGGGCUCCCAGCAGGGCCCUGUGCCUGUGCCUCAGGGGUGGCCCUGAACUCAUCCUGGACCCCACCGGGGCUGCAGGCAACGGGGGAGACGCAGAGCAGGAGAGAGCGCUGAGAGGCUGUGCUGCAGGGAGAGGCCGGCGGGAGACACAGGCACACAACUGCAGCUGGGAGACGCCAACACCCAUGAGGCACCCCAGCUGGACGGCAGACAAGCGAGACAAGCCGAAGCCACAGCCCACCAGGAUCGAGCGGCCAUCCAUGUGCGGCGUGUCCCACGUCUCCUGCAUGCCUUACCCAGAAGCCCAGGGCACGCUCGGUACCAGUGGCGCAAACACCUUCAGAAGUUCACCCCUCUCGCCCCUGCCAGGCUCUCCCCACAGUGCCUACUGCAGCAGGCCAAGCAGACCCCUGCGGGACCUCCAGCAGGAACAGGGGCAUCCUCCCUGCCACACCCUGCAGAGCGGUCUGGAGAAGAGGCUCCCUGUGCCCGGAGCACAGUGCUUCCCAGCUGGGGGCUACUCUACUGAGGAUGCCAAGUUGCCUGGCCUGCUGGUGUCCCCAGAGGCCCCCCGCAGUCCAGCACUGUUGCUUGAAGUGCCAAUCAAGAUGGAAAAUGACUCUGGGUCUGAGGACGCAGUGGACAUCUGCACCCCCAGCCAGGUGUGGCUGGGAGCCAGCAACAUGGCCAAGAGACAGCUGGUCACUUUUCCUACCAGGAUGCACCUGAAGACAGAGUUGGACUGCAGGCUCCAGGUCCACACCCCGCAUCUCGUGCAUGGUGUGGUAGGGGCUCACCCCCACAGCCAGGCCACCACUGAAGCCAGCCGGGAACUUGUUCCCUUCUUCCCUUCACACUGCGCCUGCCUGGAGCCAGAGCCUCCCCUCCACCUCUGCACACCCAGCUGCCCCGAGCACCAGCACCUGGCUCGGGGCUGUGACUGCAGAGCUCCCAGGGCUGCUGCUGUGGUCAAGCGCGAGCCCCUGGACUCGCCCCCAUGGGCUGCUCCCAGCCAGGGAGCCGUGCCCAGGUUGUUUCCCAAAAGCACCUCAGCCUUCCUGCCCUAACUGGCUCUCCAGCAGGCCAGUCUGUCCACACUCAGUCCACCCUGGCUGCCUCCCCCAGGUGGUGGGUGUGACUGGAGCCAGUUCAAGUGAUGCUCUUGACAGUGCUGCCCCAUGCACCUCCAGCCCAGGGUGGUGCCUGUGCUGCAGGGCAUUCUGGAGUUUGUGAAGUAUCCCAGGAAAUCAUACAUGCAAGCUUGAGUCUCUUCAAGCAGGAUGGUGUUUCUCUUUGAGAAGUCAAAAUGUGUAAGGGAAUGCCCAACAUCCCUUGCCCCCAAGGCCACCAUCAGAAGCUUCCAGUGAUGUCUCAUGGCCUCCUGAGCUCCCACCCCUGCACCUCCUGUCUGUGUGGACAUCUGAGGCACACAGACUCCAUGUGCAGCAGGCCUCACUGGGGGAGGCUGAGCCCAGCCAUGGGCAGGAUCUGGAGGUUGUGGGCACCAGGUCCUCUGCAACUCCAAGCCAGGGCUCCAGGCCACGCCUGGCAUGGAGGUGGAUGGGUCCCUUCCAGGAACCUCCCAGUGUUCUCCGUGGGGCCCUGAGGACCGUCGACUCCUCAGGCCUGGGUGUCUGGAAGUACCCAUGCAGCCAGACUGGGAGGCACAGGCAGGCUGAGGAAGUUGUGCCCUCCAGGGUGUCCAGUGUUCCUAGCUGCUGCAGUCAGCAUGCUUGAGGACUCGUAUGGUGUCCACUCUAGGAAUUCGGAAAGGGAAGGUCUCCAUAGCCCAAGUUUUGCCUGUGUGGCCCCCUCUUCCUCAGGGACCAUGGGUCCUCUGAAUGGCCUGCCCCGCAUCUCGGGAGUGCUAAAGUCUGCUGGGCCUGCACCCAGGCUCCACCUCCUAGGUGUCCUCAUUGGUGGCCUGGGGUCAGUAUUCAGCUCCAGCUUAGAGCAGAGGCUGUUGGGAUGCACAUCUUCUUUGUCAAAACUCGGGUUUGUUCUGCAAGAUGGGUCUCCUGCCCAGCCCCUGGUCUUCCUGGUGUGUAAGGAGAAUUCGCCUGGGGCAGGAAUGGGGCUGAGAGUGUCCCACUCACCCACCCAAGCCAGGGUUGAGAGUGGCCACUUACAGCCUCUCCCUCUCUGCCCAGCCCUCAGCGGCCUUUUAAAAGGUGACAUGGGUGCUGCUCUGUCAUGGCAACCGGAGGACUCCUGGCCUCCACUCCUGCCACCUGGCACAGAAAUCAGGACGGGGAGCGCAGCUUCUGCUUCCCUGCUCAGUCCACUGGCCCAGUGUCCCAGUGUUACCCAGUUCUGCCCAACACAGCUCACCCCUGCUCUCUGGGAAUUUAUGGAUUUAGUCUUAAGAGUAGAAGUAGAUCCAGAAUUUUCACUUUCUUCUCUAACCUAAUGCCCAGCUCCUGACUGUGGAGAUCCCUUUCCCAUCAAGGUGACAGAAUGCUCCCGUCAAUGGCCAUGCCACCCUUGCAUGCCCAGAGGGCUUGGCCCAGCCAGGUCCCCCUCAUCUCCCCGCCCUUCACCUGAGGGCUGCUUGCCUCCCAGAGAGGAACCAGCUCUUCUGCAAGGGCUGACAGAGGGCAGAGAGCGCUGCAGACAAUCAACACCUCCUGUGUCCUAGAGCCAGGGAAACCUGAAACAAUGAGAUCAAGAAGAUGGAGCAAGGGAUGUCUCACGUCUGCCAACAGUAGCCAGACACCCCUUCUCCCCUGCACCUCGUACCUACCAAGAGCUGUGGAUGCCCGAGGCCUGGACAGCCCUGCGCAGAGGGCCAUUCGACCCGUAUUCCCUCUGAGAGGACCAACAGAAGUCAGGCGAGGGCCACCUGGAAGGCCAUGCUCUGUGGACAGAGCUCAGCAUCCACUCCUCCACUCUGCAGGCUUGAUAUGUGGGGACACCCACGUGUGCUGUGGACCUUGGAUACGUGGGGCCCACGCUGUGCCUGGGCAGCACCUCCCCCUGCCCUCCGGUCAGAAGUUUUAUAGCUCAGUCACCACGUGCCUCCUGAGAACCGGUGAGGGUGUGUGACACUGAGCCGCAGAUGAAACGUCCUCAGAACCUAGAGCGCCUGGCCACUCCUUAAUGUUCACCACGCCCUGCGGUGCACUUUGUGCUGCCCAGGGUCUCGAGAGCGCUCAGCCAUGUCUCGCACACUGCCUCUGUCACACUUUUGCAAAAUCUGUGUAAAAAGUUGCAGGUGCAUGUGCGCGUCCAGUGUCAGUGGAGCCUAGAUUUCCAGACAGAGCCACUGUUUCCUGCCACGCAGGGGUUGAGUUUACACUGGCACCCUCCCCAGGUGGAAACGCUGGAGUUAAGGGCACAGGAAACACCGCACCCUCACCAGGCCCUCCCCUGCGUCCCUGAGGGUGGGGGACCCUCUGGGGCCUCAGACCCCCAGACUUGGGCUGUCCUGUAACGGCAGAGCUAAGGGACCCUGUCACAGGACACGGGUGACAGGUGUGUGGGAGGGGCAGGGACCUGGGAGCUAGGCUUUCACUCCCUCUGGUCCAAGAGCACCCCUGAUUGAAGAGUUUCCGGACCCCUGGGCAGAGUGGUGGUCACCACAGGCCUCGCCACCUCUCCCCCAGGGAGACCAGCCAGGCCCCUCUGCUGGGAUGGCUCGGCCAUUUGCAGGACCCCAGAUGCACUUCCACCUUCCCAGCGAUGGCAGGUGGACCUGAGGGGUUGCUCCACAGGCCCAGGCACUGCUCCAGGUGGAGACUGUGGCUGGGAGACAGGGCGACAUCCCUUCACCAGGCACCAUGGGGGCCCCUCCCAUGGCAGCACCCUGGCGCUGUGGCUUCUGGGGGGUGAGUGGGCAGCCACUUCACAGGCACUUGUCCCUCUCACUCGUUCUGUUGUCACUGGGAGACCCUGCUAAAAACUAGAGGGGCUGUGCCAGGUGCCCGGGAUCCAUGCAGGAGGAGCACAGGGCCCAGUGCCUGGUGUCCUGCUGGUGCCCUGCUGGCAGUGUGGGCAGCUGAUGGCGGCCACAGGAAACACUUGAGCUCUGUGCUGGUGGCAGAGCACAGGUGCUCUACAGACAGAGUGGUGGGGUGGCACAUUCUCACGGGUGGCUGCACGUGGGGAGGCUAGAGCUAAGGGCAGGAGAGGCAGGCCUGGGUGUGGGGUGCAGGCCCAGCCUGUGAGCCAGUCUUCCCGGACCAGGGGAGCCACACUGCCGGGGGCAAAGGCUGGGGGACCCAGGCCUCCCUCCAGCAGGCUGAGAGAGGCAGGGUCCUGGCCUCUCCACCAGGGGCUGAGUCCUCCCACCCUUGUCACGCUUGGGUCCCUUGCAGUGUCAUCCUCCCACCUAGCGAUCUCUGCUCAGCCACAAGCACCCAACGUUUUCUCUCUGCUCUACCCUGUCUUUCCAUUGAAGGUAUUUUCCUCAUAGCAUACCGCCAUUCAGCAUUUUCACACAGAAUUUGCUGUCUUCAUGGCUUUCUGUGUCUUUGUUACUGUCUCUGGCUGUGGCUUCUGACAGAACCCACGCUGUCUGAUGCUAAUGUCACCCCGAAAACUUCCUCAGGCCUUACUGGCUGGCAUGCCAAAGCCCCUUCACCCCGAGCCCUUGUUCUUCAUGUGUACAUACCUGUUUCACUGUCUUUGACCCAUUAACCUAUGACCUACGUCCAGAUUAUUAAUGAUUUUGAGCAUUUCCCCCCUCUUUCAGUUCAAUUUCCCUUGACCUGGUCCCCCUUCCUAGCCUUCUCUGGAAUCCCUGGCACUCUCCUCCCUCUCCCACCUCCACUUGUUUGGAAGCUGCAAUUCUGUCUCCUUAAUGGCUAUCCCUGACAACAUGGGACGAAGCAAGAUCUCUGUCCUCCCAGAACCAGGCCCAGACCUCAGACACCUCAGUACUCUCCCUCUGGCUCCCGAGCAGCCCCCGGGGGGGUUGAGGAAGCCUCCCUGGCUUUCCUCUGCCCAGGGUGAGGAGGGGAGUCCAAGCUCAGUGCUCUCUGGGCCUUCCCCACUCCUAGUCCAGCAGUCAGGCAGGCCAGGAGGGGGCCCUGGUCCUGCACUGACGAUGCUCCACUGAGGACGCUCCACUGCGGGAGCCAGAGCCCUGCCCCGCUCCGCCCUGUGUGGGUACAGAAGCCCAAGCCUGGGUUGUAGGCCAUUCACAUGCUCACGGGGGGCAGAGCCUCUGCUCAAGCACCCGCCUUCUCCAUUCUUGUUUCUGCCGCGUCCUCCUGCGCUUGCCCAUGACUCAGCCUACUGCACAAGGACACUUGCUGUGUUCACCUAACAUCCCUGGGUGUGGGGAGGUUUCUCUUGUAUUUCAUCUGCUAAACACCCAAGAAAGGUUUUUUUAAAUGCCUUUAUGUAGCAUUUAUUUUAGGUAAUACUGGAUUCUCAACGAGUUUUAGACUUUUUCCAACCUGAAGGCAGAUUUAAACUAUCUCCAUCUUGCAACAUGUCCCAAGAAUUAGAGACACAAUUACAACCACAUCAGUUCCGGUAAAAAGAAGAAAGUAGGAACAUCAGAUUGUCAUGACUUAAAAAUUCAUAGGCUUGAAGGUAACUGCUGCCCUUGAGAAGAGGGAAGAAGAUGAUCUCAAUCAUGGAGGGCUCGGACAGAGGAGGGAACACAGCUCCCACACUCAGCCAUUGGUUGUUCAUGAAGUCCCUUAACGUUGUUCGUGUCUUCUGCUUAAAAAGAAGGGGGGCUGGCCAAUCUGCCUUCCAGGCUCACUUCUGCCUAGAGUCAGGGAAAGCACAAGUGUUUCCUAGGUAUCGCAGACCACAGGCUGGAGGAGUGGGGCUCCAGGCGCCGCACCCGGCCAUCUUUCCAAGAUGGUCAGAUGCAACAUGAUGCUCAGCCAGGUGGGUGAAACCACCUGAGCCACGCUGUCGCCAUGCCAGGGUCCUGUGACCUGCAGGUUCCCACAGCAUUUAAAGAUGUGUGACAGAUUAAACCAAAGUUCACCAGAAUUCCUAGCCAGGGUGUCAGACACCGUGUAGAACUUCCUCUUGGUAAGUACCUCCUCCACACCGAGGUGUGCUCUCCAUGCAGAGGUUCACCUCAGGACCACAGCGCUCAGGAGGCACUCUCACGGCUUGACAGUGACAAGAUGGUCACUUUAUGUGGAGUGAGACUAGUGUGUGUGCUAAGAGCCAGUGGACUUCAGAGACCCUAAGUAAAAACCCAGGCAUGCUGAGCCUCGGGUCCAACACUCGAAGAUCGUCCAGUAAAAACCAAACACACGCCCUCAGGGGCUAAGCUGUAGACUGAGCACCUCGUAUUUCCCCAGAGCACAUGCCCUCAUCCUUCCUGGACAGGCCUCAUCAGUGGACAGACCCACCCACCAUCUGAGAAAUGAGUGUGAAGACUGCUUCCCACCCUAGAGGCAAAUGCACAAAAGGACCGGCACUGCUGAGAUACAGCUGUGCAUGCUCAGGUCCCCACGCUCCUGUAAGGUGCAGCUAAGAUCGGCUGGCCUCUUCAACCUGAAGCAGGGACACCACACAUCGUCAACACUAAGUGCCAUGGAAGGAAGAGCAGAGAAGGUGUGUGGGCGUCUCUAACGGUAUCUUUCCCUGUGCCCACCCCACGGGCCAAUCUCAGUCCAUUCCAUGUGAUUCCAGGUCAUGAGUUCUACAUGUCCUGCCAGCUGCCGUGGAAGAGGCUAGAGUCCGCAGCCUGUAACGGUGGCCAGCUGUACCUUAUGUGUUCUGAAGAGGGGUGAGCUGGCUCACAGCGACUGCAUCAUCACCUAGCCACAGUGGCCACGCCAUGUCUACUAGAAUGUGUGUGGCUAUUAAACUGCUGAGGGAGCACCCCAGAGACCAUCCAGAGGAGCUGGGCCUGGCCAGCCCAAUCCUUGAACACAUGACCCACGUGAAGAGGGUGUGAGCUGAAACACAAGCACCUCUGUGCCUGCAGUAGCCACCACAGCCUGCUUCACCACAGAUGGACACUAGGUCACGGGGAGUGCUUCUUGCUUGGUACUCUCUCACAAAGAAAACUACAUGCACCAGUAAACUGAGUCUCAUGCAGGAUGGGGACCUCACCAAUGUGGAGGUGGAGCCUCUACAAUGAGUGACACAGUCCACCUGUGCCACCCAGAGAGGAGCGGAAGCCUCUUAGCUGUUUAAAGGCAUCUGGUGUCAGCACCUCAAAGAAGAGAUGUUCUGAAACAACUCUUACAAGAAUACCAGGGGCCUGUGGGCUUGUCUUCACGAGUAACCCAGUGUCCAUGGCUUCAACCUUCUGUCCUACUGUGGGGGUAGGUGACAAGAUUCAUCAACACAACAGCCUCUAGCUGUUCUCUGAGAAGCGUGCGUGUUCGAGGUCUUGGCCCCAGUUCACAGACAGUCUUGUCCCUUGGGGAGCUCUUCGGGACAGGCAUGGGUCUGGGUGCUUGCUGAAUAGCAGCACAUGUACUGUCACCCAGGGAUUUCGGUGGAGGAGCCCUCGCUGUCCUGCUCUUGUCCACCUCCACAGAGUGCACAGGCUGCCUCUGCAGGUGCUGGGAGUCUUCUGUCUUCCAGUCUUUCUCCCCCCAGAAUUUUAAGAGUGAAUGGGUGCUUGUUUUUUGUUUUGUUUUUGGUUUUUACUGGAUGAUCUCUGGGGUCUUGUAACUUCUUUCCUGUUUCCUCUGGCAAAUAAGGCAUUUGAUUGCUAUUGAGGACAGAAAACUUGUCCUUUCGUUCUGGUUUGCUGUUCAGGUUUUUCUUCCACAUCUUGCACUGGCAAUGCUGGCUGUGCUGCAUCCUGCUCCUCCCAAGCCUCCGUGCCCUGCUCCCCAGCAGGCCACUGGGACUCCUCCAGCACUGAGGCCUCUGUGAGCACACACCAGGGUAUGGGGCUGACAUCGCUGAGAGGCCACAUUGUCCUAGGGCAGUACUGUCACCAGGCGUUCAGAGCCAGGGAGCACAUGCCUGCUCCGGCCGCAUGCUGUAGCACUGCGCAUACUUCCAGAACAGCUCCUAGUAGUGCUUCAUGUACUGGCUCUUUACCCCACUGCCCAGAGGCAUGGUGCGGUCCUCCACUGGGGUCUAUUCCAACCCCAUACCUGUGGGAACCCAUGACACAGAGAAAGAGUUUUAAUUAAUAUUUUUUGGCAGCAAGGAAGGAUUUAAACUUGCAGUAAGACAACCCAUCUCUAAGCAUCCUGGUUAACUGAGGAAGGUGUGAGAGCUGUAAAUCCAAAUCCUACCAGACCAAGAGAGAAUGGUUAUGCACUAAAUGUCUGUUUUGAAGUAACUGUCCUAAGGCUUUGGUCAUUCUGGCAAAUUUUCUCUUAAUCUCAAAACAUAUUUACAAUUAUAUUUUCAAAUAUAAUAGAGGCAUUUUAUUUACAUUUA